CCGCCGCCGCCGCGCCGCUCCCCGGAUGAUGCCGCGGCGGGGGGCGGCUGGUCCUCGCCGCCGCCGGCGCCCGGCGCCCCUCAACGAGGACAACGGGCGGUUCCUGCUGCUGGCCGCCCUCAUCGCGGCGUACCUGAGCGCCGGCGCCACCGUCUUCUCGGCCCUCGAGAGCCCGUCGGAGGCGGCGGCGCAGCUGCGCUGGAACCGGACCCUGCACAACUUCAGCCGCAUCUUCAACAUCAGCCUGCCCGAGCUGCGCGCCUUCCUGCGGAGCUACGAGGCGGCCAUGGCCGCGGGCAUCCGCGUCGACGCCCUGCGGCCCCGCUGGGACUUCCCCGGAGCCUUCUACUUCGUGGGCACCGUCGUCUCCACCAUCGGUUUUGGAAUGACCACGCCGGCAACAGUGGCUGGAAAAGUAUUCCUCAUUGUUUACGGUCUUUUUGGGUGUGCUGGCACUAUCCUUUUCUUCAACCUCUUUCUGGAGCGCAUUAUCUCCCUCCUGGCGUUCAUCAUGAAGGCUUGCCAUGAAAGACAGCUGCGAAGAAGUGGUCUCCUUCCUCCCAACUUCCGAAGAGGGUCAGCUAUGUCAGGGGUGGGCAGCCUCAUCGGCUGGAAGCCGUCAGUUUAUCACGUGAUGCUCAUCCUGGGAAUUUUUGCCAUCAUGCUUUCGUGCUGCGCUUCUGCGAUGUACACGUUGGUGGAAGGGUGGAACUACGUUGACUCCUUGUACUACUGUUUUGUCACCUUUAGCACCAUCGGCUUUGGAGAUUUGGUAAGCAGCCAAAACGCUGUGUACCAAAAUCAGGGAUUAUACAGAUUCGGAAACUUUGUCUUUAUAUUAAUGGGGGUAUGUUGCAUAUACUCUCUUUUUAACGUCAUCUCAAUUGUAAUCAAGCAACUCUUGAACUGGGUGUUGAAAAAAUUCAGAUGCAGAUGUUGCCCAAAGUGCCAUAAGUCAAGUACCCGCCUUGGACGUCGCAACGCCAUCACGCCAGGAGCCCGCCUGCGCCGGCACAAAAUCUCCCUGGAGGCUGACGGGCAGUACGACAGUGACACGGAUGGCAGGAGGCUCUCUGGAGAGAUGAUCUCCAUGAGGGAGCUCACGGCGUCCAACAAGGUCUCUCUGGCUAUAUUGCAAAAGCAGCUGUACGAGACAGCCAAUGGCUACCCGAGGAACGUUUGUAUCAAUACGAGGCAGAAUGGGUUCUCGGCAGGGGUGGGUGCUCUAGCCAUCAUGAACAACCGCUUGGCAGAAACCAGUGACUCUAGACAAAGCAGAUACCUGCAGUACCCAGACAGAAUGAAGCACAAGAAAUGAGAAGGAGGCUGAAGGAGCAAAAUGGGAAAAUGAAAGCACACUGCACUAGACUGCACUUUUUUUUCAGGUAACUCGGGAUUUAUAUUACAGUCUUGAAUAGUUUUUUCCAGGUUCUAUUUUUGGACACCAAAAAGUUAGCUUAGGAUCAGAUAGUUCAUCUUUCCUUUCAUUCACUCCUCUCAUUUUCCUGCUGCCUCACACUUGAACAGUUCCACCGCCUGGUGAGCAGCUGUACAGGCAGCAGAGGCUCUGAGUAACAGGUGCCUGUGCCCCAUGGCAGUAUUUGAGUGGUGGAUGUAUAGCCAAGGCCACUGGCUUGUUAUAAACCUGAUAGCCUAUGGGAAGAAGUGAUAACUACACAGAAAAGACCCAUUGCAGUGAGACCAUUCUUAACCUUUUUGGGUUUUUUUCUAACUUUUUCUCUUAAAAAAUAGUGACUAAUUAUUUAUACUAUGAACGUUCAGCACUAGUUUAAACAAAGUCAUAUUUAGUGCAGUGCUGUUUGCUAGGGAAAUCUAAAGAUAGUGGCUUCUGCUCUCAUUGAAUUACUAAUGUUCCUUUCUAAACCAACACACAUUUUCAAUAUUGUAUUUAAACCAUACAGUAGAAGUUACCUUCUGUAGUAAAUUCAGUCAGGCACAAAUACGUGACUCUCACAGGAUAACUAAUGAAAUGUGCAGUGUGCACUGUACAGCCCAUGUGCAAACCCUCCACCUCUGUACACAUUGGGUUUGUUCCUUAUAACUAUGGAAUGAUUUAGGUUGGAAGGGAUUGCACAGAUGACCUGUCUGCAAGCACCCUGCCUUGGGAAAGGACAGACCAUGUGGCUAUGGAUACUUGGUGAUAUAGGAUGGGAAAGAAAAUACCAAAAGCACCUGCACUGUUGUACACUGCCACCUGUUGACUCUUUUACUUUCAAAGCCUUGAGAUGGUCCCACUUGCACUGCUCCUGCUGUAUCCAGAAGAAUGGGAAGUGUGGGGAAAGGGAGAGAACCAGAGGUAUUUUCCAAGUAAUGCAGAAGGAAAAGAAAAAGUCUUUACUUUCUAUACACACGUGUUCCAUCAUAAAACCACAGACAACACCACAGCCCGAAGUUGCUCCUGAUGUGUCAUAGACUCAUGUGGAUCGUUCAGAGAUUAACUGUGUGAUGCAGAAGAAAGGCAGGGGGCUGCACGCUUACAUAUGCUGCACUCCAUCCAGCAGGUGAGCAAAGCAGGGCCAGCCUAGGGAAGAAGACGACCAGGUGUACUGCUGGAAAGGCAGCCAUGCUUCUCUGUGGCUCGGAUGAGCACUAUGUCAGGUACGCUACAGGUCCUGAUUUCAACACCUCGGCUCGCCUUCAGUCCCAGCAUCCACACUGCACUCGGGCAGGAGCCAGCCAGCUCCCAGCCUAUUCCAAGCGUGGGACAUGAGGACACCGGUGGGUUCUGAGGUGUGCAGCAUCACAGCCUACCUGCUUUCAGGAUCAGACCCUGCAGCAGGUGAUGCUUUGUCAGAUCAUCUAGGAAACAAAUAAGAUGUUCCUGUGACCCCUCACAUUUCACAAAGCUGUAAGGUUGCUUUUUAAAGGCAGCAAGUGAUGCAAAAAUACUGCUUAUAAAACAGCACGUAAUCACUGAUAAUUCAGGCAGUGUGCAAUCCGAACACCAAGCGUGUGUUCUCAGUGCUUGUCACCUCCUGACCUUUCUAUUAGGGAAUCAGUUGUAGUCCCCGGAAGUAAAAUCCAUCUUGACGUGGCCAAUAAUUCAUCGCAUUUCAUAGUAAAAUUCUCAGCAGCAAAAACAGCAACAGCCAAAAAAUAUUCUGCGGCUUUUUAUUGUGUGUGCAGAUACUGUUCAGUUACAAAGCAAAGAAAAAAAAUGGUGUCCCUUUACUUACAUGGGCACACAAACACGCAGCUUGUUGGGAGGUACCUUUCUGCACACUCUUCUGUGAAAGCAAUAGGUGCAAAUUCUAAGCCAAUUCAAAAGGACUCAAGUGGGAGAAGAAUAUGUCUGCUCAAAGGUAUCCCUGUUUAAUUCUUGUUUAUUUUUUCAGGCACACAGCUUGAUAGGUCUCUUUAACCGAGCUGCUGUUACUGUUUGUUAUGAUGAACAUCAGAGGAACUUUGCUUCUGUUAAUUACCUUGGGUUUGGUGUUUGCUGACUGCUGUGUUUCACUGUGCGAAUAGGGGAAGAAAUGCCCCAUCCGUGCUGGUUUCCAAGUGGCAUCACUUACCCCUUUGCAUUCACUGCAGACAUAAAUUUAUGUAAUUGGUUGAUUAGAAAGUACCAAUAUUUGUUCUCCUUGAGAUGAUGCUUCCCAGCAAAACAACACACUGAAAUAAGUUUGAAGACUGAAGUCUGUUUAAACAGUUGACAUGUUAAAAAUCAUUUAAUUCUGGGUUGACAUCCAGCACAACCCAGUAAUUGUGAGUGCUUUUAUCACACAGCUGAUUUCCAGUGUCAAAGAUCUCUGAGCACCGAGGACUAAAAGCCAUACUCAGCUCACUCUACUGGUAUGUUAUAUACAGCUUGUCACCAAACGGAGCAGACAUGUUUGGCUCCCUGCAUACAUGGUUGGAAAUAACACCGGGAUCUUUGCCGUGAAGCUCUUACAAAGACUCUUGAAAUAAACAGGAGAAAACAUUGCCUGGA